AUAAACCGGCCCUGCCCAUAUCUGGAGUUAUACGGAAACCCGAGAUCCAUGGGCAGGGGGAUGGAACUUCAAGAAGGGGCAGAUACACAGAGGAGUGUGUGGGUUUAUGUGCUGUUAGCCAGACAGAAAGAACAAGGAGAGCACAUUGCAAGGGUGCGUGUGUAUUUGGUAAGAGUGUGGACUGCGAACUUGAGGAGGGAGUUACCAAAGUCUGCACACUUGUGCACCAGAAUCUGCUUUCAGAAACUCAACAUCAAGAUGAACACAGUCCUGCUGCAGAGGAUGUAUACUCAUGUGUAAGGUUUGAACAGAGGUAGUCUUGACAUGUUAGAGAUUUGUUAAUUCUCUUGCAGAGUUCUGAGGAGACAGGAAAAUGGGGUAAAACCAGCCAAAACAAAGCCAAAGGAUGGACUAAAGAGAACAAGACAGACCGGAUGGACAUGCGUGGAGAAAAAGUAAACGUGGGAUUGCUGCUGCGUUUGGCAGCCCUGCUCGUAGCGGUCUGUUGGUGCCUUCAUGUUGUUUACCUGGAAACCAGCUGGCAGAGCUCCCCUCCACCUCUGACUUUGGGACGUCCCACUCAGCCAGGUCUCCACUGGGGUCAACAAACCGGGAUGAAACAUGGCUCUGCGGAAAUGCAGGGGAAAAACUCCGAAAGCGGAACGUCCUAUCAUCACCCUGUCAGGAGUGACGGUCGGAUCAGGAAGAAACACGUGGAGAAAGAAAACCCCCACCGACUGCCAGCGUGCUGCCCACCUCUCCAUCCUCACAGAAAGGCUCUGCGUUGGCAUAUAAAUCUACAGCCCUGGGCCAGUGAGACUCACUCUCUGGAGGAUGAAGCUAAAAGGUUCCUUGGCUACAUCACAACCCCACAGGUAACCUGUGCUUCGCUGGUUGAUAAUGAGGCUGCCACAGAACCAUCCGCUGGCCACUGGGCUGUGUGCCUGGAUCCAAAGUUCAGCCUGACCCACAGGAUGAAGAGCAAGCGCUGUAGGGUAUACUCUUUUGGGUUGGGAAUGGAUGAUCGGUCCAUGGAUCAUAUCCUCGCGCGGUCAGGUUGCGAGGUCCACUGCUUUGACCCCAGCUUGGAGGAGCCUCACCUGCAGAAGGCUGAAAUGUGGUUCCAUCGGAUCUCUGUAGAUUGGAGGGACCCAAGCCCGGCACUUAUCCCUAAAAGACAAGCAAACCACAAGAAACUGGCCACCAUCUUGGAUGACUUUGGACACAGAGAUGUGGAUGUGCUAAAAGCAGACAUGGAGAGCGCGGAGUGGAAGAUUCUGGAGAAUCUUGUCCUGGAAGGAGUCCUGGACUCUGUGGGGCAGCUGCUGCUGGAGCUGCACCUGCACUGGGCGGGCUUCGAGGUGGCCGGCGACGACCCGUCUGUGGUGCGCUACUGGUUCAGCCUGCUGAAGGAGCUGGAGCGCGCCGGUUUCCGCCUCUUUUACGUCCACAGCGACCCGAACAAACCUCACCUUUUCUUGCACAAGGACAUGAUGAAUGCCAGCAGCGCCUACACCUUGAGCUGGGUGAACACGCGCUGGAGGCCUUCAUGGGCGGCAGAGAGACAGAGAAAAUAAACGUCACCGUGAGUGGGUCUUUGGUCUCUGGUGACCUGUUACAUACAUGGAUGAGGUAAUUACUUCCAGAGACUCUUUUUCUUUCUUUCUCUUUUUUUUUUUUUUUUAAGCUGUUGUGAUGUUGGCAGCGGGUCAGCCUGAUUCAGACAUUUUUAAAGCCUGGCCCACAGCCAGCAGGUCCCUCUUUAGAACCGCUCUUGCCAACAGACCACACAGGUUGUCCGGUGGAUGAAAACAUACAGUGUUCUAAGGAGCAGGUAAACAGAAGAGCCUGCCGUUCUGACAGCAAGUGAUUACUUAAAAGUAGUCUCCUGUUCUACCGCAUCCCAGAUGUGCGCCGUUGGAUUGGGCUUUGGUAACUGGCAGCCAGUGGGGUACGUUGAAAUUAACGUGAUUCCAGAAAAAGUAAUAAAAACAAAGCAACUGGACUUGUUUUCCGUAGUUGAAGACGUUUCGCUUCCUCUCCAGGAAGCU